AUGCAAGCAGCGUGCGAGAAGCGUUCAGAAGAGAUUCAGAGCAUUCGAGUUGCUAAGCUAGAGCAAACAGCGAGCAAGCACAAACAGCGAGCAAGCAGUAUGCAAGCAGCGUGCAAGAAGCGUUCAGAAGAGAUUCAGAGCAUUCGAGUCGCUAAGCUAGAGCAAACAGCGAGCAAGCAGUAUGCAAGCAGCGUGCGAGAAGCGUUCAGAAGAGAUUCAGAGCAUUCGAGUUGCUAA